AGAGAGAGAGAGAGCAGGACAGGAUAGAAGUUGUGCAGACCCGGGAGUGUGUGUGCGUGUGUGGAUUGCCAGCAGCUGGAAGUCAGUAGCACAGCCUUGCCGAGCAUAAGAGACUGUUUGAUGUGUGUGAGCUGAGGAGACUUACAGAUGGCUGAAGGAGUUGGAGUUGAAGCCAGGGCAAGCCCACCCACUGCUGCUGUACACUCAUCACCUCUCCAUGAGGCCAUCGGCUGCCAAACUUCUGACAUCCAUCUGAAACAUUCCACAAUAACUCUGAGACACAUCAGACCAUCCACAUACCUACUCUCGCCUCCAUUAACAAUGGCUGUACUGUGGAGACACACCAAGAAAGUCUAGAAGUCUAGGCCUCACUUCUGAAAUUCCAUGUUAUCCAAACACAUUCACAGAUCCAUUGAAGUUGCAAGUACAGAGACAAUGCAUUCUUGUACUUUACAUCACUAAUGUCAAUGUUUAUAUUUAUUUUAUGCCUGCAUAUUGUCCCUGCUGUCACUUUUCUCAGUACAGUAUUAAUGUUAAAGAAGGUAUCACUGAAAGGCUGGAAUACACUACUCAACAUUUAAAAUUGGAACAGAUUUUAAAACACUAGGCAUCCUACACUUGGCCACUUUGGAGAUAUUUACAGAGGAAAACUGGGUAUCAUACACUAGACGACUGAGAAUCACAUGCUACCAGACUUCCUGUUGUUCAGAACACAACAAAGUCAUCGUGCCUCAUUGCUAGGAGACGCAUGAUAAAGAAAACAAUGUGUGUUCUAAAAUCGGCUCAAAAUAUCAAACAAAGUUUCUUUAAAGUCGGUGGAUUCUGAUUGGCUGUUUUAUCAUUCUUCAGCUGGAAAUAUCUUUCUGGAAUUGAUUCCAACGAUAUUGUUCCUCUGUGUCUUUAUUGUUAUAGUUGCACUGUGAACAUCCCUACUAGAAUUAGAAUGAUUUUUAAAACUUUAUCUUUAUAGUUAAUAAGAGAUUUUCAUAGUGACAGGACACUUCAUCACUAUGAGACAUGAUUUUGUAUUUUAGCAUUAGGAAGCUGGCUGAGUUCUAUUAACAGCACACUAAAAAAAAAAAAAAAAAGCAAAACUACCAAGGAGAGAAAGAGGCUGUCUGAAAAUGUUUAGGAAAUUCUAACAUCGGUGUGUUUUUGUCUGUUGAGCUGUCUCUGAAGUGAAUAAUUAGCCGUCUGCUGAGUGCUGAUAAUCACACCAUUAGCUCAGUCCUUAUGGCCCUUGAAUUUACAUCAGCUCUGUUGCUCCACACACACCUAAUGUGUUACUUUUGGCUGAUUCUUUAAUUGCCUUUUGAAUGGCCUGAAUGAAUAAAAUACCAAUGGAAAAGAGGGUGACCUGCUGAUGAAGUUUGCCAAAGCUCUGCAACAAGAAGAUCAUUAGUGAAAUAUCUCAAAGCCAAAAUCACAGGACAAUUUAGAUAAUUCAGAUAACUUGGAUCAGUCAGAACUGCUAAAUCAGAGCAAUACCCAAUAUGGCAGAAAGCACAGAAAUGGACCAGCUUCUGAGCGCCUUUAAGAAGUUUGCUGUUCAUGGUGACACCAAAGCCACUGGAAAGGAGUUGAAUGGUAAAAACUGGGCUAAACUGUGCAAAGACUGCAAAGUUAUUGACAGCAAGAAUGUCACCAGCACUGAUGUAGAUAUUGUCUUCACAAAAGUCAAAGCAAAGACAUCUCGGGUCAUAACAUAUGAGGAGUUCCAGAAAGCUCUAGAAGAAUUGGCCCCAAAGAGGUUCAAAAUUCAAAGCAAAGAAGAGGCACUGCAGUCUAUGCAUAAGCUAAUUGAGGGCAAAGAACCCGCCAAUGUUGGUGUAACGAAAGUGGCAAAAACUGGCGCAGUGGAUCGGUUAACCGACACAUCUAAAUAUACGGGCUCACACAAGGAGCGCUUUGAUGAGAGUGGGAAAGGCAAAGGAAAAGGUGGGCGGGAGGAGAUUGUGGAAAACACAGGCUACGUAGGGGCCUACAAGAAUGCUGGGACUUACGAGGAGAAGACGAAGGCCAAUUAAGGCCACACUGUCUCCAUGUCAACAAGCUCUGAGCUUCAUCUUUAUCAGCACUUAGGUCUGGACCAAAGCCGAAAUUGAACUUUGACCUGUAAAAUCACACAGCCACUAUGCAAUGUAACACAGGAAGUGUUGUAAAUGUUUGUCUUUAAACAUAUAGUAUUACAGUUGGUUUUAAUUAGAAAGUUGAAAGAAGGGUAAGAAGGAACUGGUGAGGACUAGUCUCACUCCUUUCGUGCAGACCAGCGUCUUCUGUACAGUAUGUAGGAUUUCAGGUGAAAAUCUCAAAGAGCAAGCAUGAAGACAGCUCUUCAAGUGGGGAAACAGAUAAGUGGUGUAUUUGUUUCAGUUUUUAUGUUGUUAUUUAAUAGCUACAAGAAAGGUGCAUCUAAACAUCACAAUGCUUCAGACAGGGAGAAGCGAAACACAGGAAGCCCUUUAAGAGAUUUAUUUCUUCCAACAUGUACGUAAUUGCUGUCACUAAAUUCUAACAAUAUUCAUUGCUGAAACUUGUCAAAAAUGUCAUUCUUCAAAGGAUAAUGGUAAUCCAGCUUUAUGUGUGUUUAGCUACACUUCUGUUAUUAUUUCCAAAAAUUCAUUGUCAUAUCUUUGUUUUAGUUAGCUUACUGUGUUACUGAAACUGGAAACUGCCUUUGUAUAAACCAUUAUAAAUG